AUGAGGCGAGCCGGCUGGAGCCCUGGGAGUCCCCCCAGAUCCCAGUCUUCCGAGCAGAGCCCACUGGAGGCACAAGGACGAGGAGGGGGCCGCCGCGAGGCGUUUGUGUCCCUGAAAGUGACCGGUCCUAGGUCAACUCGGGGUAAGGGACAGCCAACCUCCAGCCGCCAUCACCUCGUGCCCCGUGCAAAGACAGGGGGGCUUCUCUUGGAGGCCUGGGGGGUUGCGUGCAGGUGGGCGCAAGAGAGUCUUGGCCCUGCUGCGUUUGUAUCGAAACUGCCUGGCUUUCCCGGCCGUCCUGUGCCGGCUGGGAUCUCCAGCGAAAAGCAGGCUCUUCUCCGCCCAGAAGUGCCGUCAUGGAGCAAGAGACGGCGUCCCCGGGCGCCAGAGCCCCGCGCAGGGAAGGCCUGGGCGGCGGCCUCGCCUGGCCAGGCCGAGAGACCCCCCGCGGGGGCGGCCUCCGGGGCCCGGCUCCUGGUGCCGGGUUGUGCCUGGAAGCGCGCCCCCACCCCCUGGCCUCGGCCCCCGCUCUCCGCCUCCCCACUGGCCGCGGCGGGGCCGCGCACGGUGCGCCGGGGGGCGCGCACGCUGGGGGCUGGCCUGCCCGCGACGCGGGGGAAAGUUGAGUUGGGAGAAGUUGGGAGCGGCAGGGGCGCGCCCCGGGGUGGGCACGGGGAAGCAUUUGGGAGCGCGCGAGGGCGCUGGAGGACCGGGAGAGACCCCGAGACCCCCGGGGCACGAAGCGCCGAGCAAGCGGGUUAUGCCUCCGCCUUGUUGCUCUGAAAGCCGCAGCGACAGCGAAAAGGGCUAAGAUUUGGCCAUGAGCAGCGCCCCCCGGCGCCCCGCCUCGGGCGCAGAUUCUUUCAGAACCGGUGAGUGU